CGACCGCCAACGCCCCCUCCAGGCUCGUCAACAAGCUUGCAGCAUGGAUCCGACGCUUCUCAUCGGCGACAUCAUUGAACGUGACUCCGAGUCGAGGAAACCAGUCGAGUUCCCGGCUCCCAAGCCAUCGCCCACCGGCUUCCCGCAGCACAGGCGACGAUGGAAGCCGUCAACGUCCAAACCGCCAAAAGCCGGCGCCCAGCCCGCCGAUGAGCGCAGCCCGGGACCCGGCCCUAGCGCCGUCCCUCACGGGGCCUCGGACCAGACUUUGACUCAGAAGCAAGCGUUCGAGGAGGCAGAACGGAGGCGGAUCGAUCAGGAAAACCAGCAGAGGCUUUCGAGCAUGUCGCCCCAGGAAAUCGCCCAAGCCCAGGAGGACAUCAUAACCGGCCUUAAUCCUGCACUCAUCCAGCGCCUUCUACAGCGCGCCAAUAUCGACGACCAGAAUGCCUCAUCACCUUUUGAUCCUGUUCCUCCCCAACCGCAACGAGCUCUGUCACCACCUUCGAAAAUCCAGAUCGAAACUCCGUCGAAACCUGCGGCGACGUCAGCUCCUCCCGAGACAACGUUCACAAGCUCGUCGGCGCGCUCAUCCAAGAAGAUUGCGCCAGAUUACGACGAGGAUCAGGCGCCGGCGCAAAUACCAUCUGACUUGUUUCCCAUCACCGAUCAGCCUAGCUCGACACACUUUCCGGUUCCCAACGUACCCGAUCUCGAUCCGUCCGAUCCCAAUUUCUUACAAACUCUUCACGAGAAAUACUUUCCGAGCCUUCCCUCGGACCCGAGCAAGCUGGCGUGGAUGGCGCCGGUACCAACUAAAGACAGUCAGGCAGACAAGGAGUCGCCGUACUACCCGCAUCCCGAGAUCGGCGUAUCUGCGUUGAGGUUUGACUUCAGAGGACGAUUUUUGUCGCCCCGAGUCAGCCGGUCAAUACCGUCUACAAAAGGCCUGCAUCACCAUGGUGAGGCUCCAGAGGCAGCCGGGUACACGAUCGCGGAAUUGGCCCGCCUAGCGAGAAGCGCAGUCCCGGCCCAGCGGUGCAUGGCCUAUCACACCUUGGGCAGGAUACUAUACCGGCUCGGGAGGGGCGAAUGGGGCAAGACAGAAGAUGACCCCAUUGCAACGGGGGUCUGGGUCGCGGUCAAGAAGGGUCGCGUAUUGGAGAGCUUAAUGGAGGCGGCGUCGGGCGAAGGGGGCCACCGUGGUAGCCGAGCAUAUGCAACGGAGGCAUUAUGGUUGUUUGAAAAGGGGGGUUGGAAAGAGACGCACAAGGGACGGUGAGCCACUGCAUCAAAGACCAGUCGAGCCGUGUCUGGGGCCGAGCCCACGGGUGGCUCGAGGCUCUCAAUUCUGGAGAAGAGCCUUGAGAGGCAGCCAGUAAAGUACUAAAAUAUCUGUGCUGGUGACACAUACAACCGAGCAGCUGAUCUAACAGCUAAUGCGUCUUGUUAUAUUCGGGCGAAGCAAAGGCUAAACGGUCUUUGUCCAUCCAUGGUGGACCAGCAGGGUCCUUGGGCUGAGAAGCUAGGCAACCAGCCGGUCGGGCGCAACGGGGCACAUAUAUUUUGCACUCCUGGACUUGUCGCGGUAGCCGCCAUGUGCCUAGAUGGACGCGCGAUCUGCACCAGCCUCUCUCAGCUCG